AUGUCGCCGCGACGUGCGGGCAGAGCGCGGCAGCUGCUAGUGCUCCUCUCUGCAUCGAUAGCAUGCUUGCUCGUCCUCCUCCCCUCUUUCGCCGCAGCGGCAGAGCCAGGCGUAAGCGUCUCUCGCUUCGCCCAUCUGCCAUCCAAGAUCUCCUACUUUGACGAUAGCACCGUCGCGCUCUACCACGACGCUACGCAGGGCAUCGUCUUCCGCUCCGAAGAUGAGGGCAAGUCCUGGUCGCCAGUCUCGGGCUCAUCCAGGGGCAAGGCGGCCAUGCUCGUGCCUCACCCUUUCGACAAGAAGCAGGCCUUCAUCCUCUCCCGCGAAACCACGCACUGGCGCUCCAUAGACCGCGGCAAGACAUGGCAGGAGUUCCUCACGCCCGAACCACCCGCUACGCGCGCAGGCGCUCCCAUGGAGUUCCACGCAGACGAAAAGCACUGGGACUGGAUCAUCUUUACGGGCAAAAAGUGCUCCAUGUGGACGCCGUGGGGCGGCAGGAUUUGCCACGACGAAGCCUACUACACCACAAACGCCUUCGCCACCAAUCCGGCCCCCUUGCUCGAGUUCGUCAUGCACUGCAACUGGGCCAAGACCACGCCCGAGAUGGAGACCAGCCCAGACGCCAUGAGCCGCAUCUUUUGCAUCGCCUGGGAGGACGCCAAGGAGGAGCGACGCGCGCCCGCCUCCGGCGCCACCAGGCUCUUCCAGUCCGACGACUUCUUCAAGUCCAGGAAGAUGGUCGAGCUCGACAUGGGCCGCAAUGCCAAGCACUUUGCAGGACUCGGUCCCUCCAAGCGCUUCCUCGUCACCGCCCUGCGCGACUCGCAGGGCAGCUCGUCCAAGGCCGGCACCGAGAUGGCGCUCUUUGUCACACGCGACGGCGUCAAGUGGGAAAAGGCGCGCUUCCCGCACGGCUCGGAGCUCAGAGAGAAUGCAUACACCGUCGUCGACAGCACCUCGCACUCGAUCAUGAUCGACGUCGUCGACUCGAUCUACGACAACACCGGCGUCCUCUUCACCAGCGACAGCACCGGCACCGAGUUUGUAGAGAGCCUCCGCGGCACAAGGAGGACGCCCCAGGGCCUCGUCGACUUUGAGCAUCUCGUCAAGAUCGACGGCGUCGGCAUUGCCAACGUGCAGGAGGACGCAGACACCGCCGUCCGCUCCGUCAUCACCUUUGACGAUGGCAGCAGCUGGCAAACGCUCAAACCACCCACCCAAGACGACAAGGGCAAGCGCAUCGACUGCGACCCGAGCGACACCAAAAACUGCGCCCUCCACCUCUGGUCCGUCUCGGGCAAGACCAAUGUCGGAAAGCUCUACUCGUCGCUUGCGCCCGGCUUCGUCAUGGGCGUCGGCACCAUCGGCCGCGGCCUCAAGGACUACGACGAGUGCGACACCUUCCUCAGCACCGAUGCCGGCAGGACGUGGAAGAUGGUCUCGCGCGACGCACACAAGUACGAGUUUGGCGACCAGGGCUCGGUCCUCGUCAUGGUCGACGACGAGGACGUCACCGACCACGUCUCGUACUCGACCAACUUUGGCAAGGACUGGCACAAGCUUAACCUCGGCGUCAAGAUGCGCGCAAAGGUGCUCACCACCAUCCCCGACAGCACCUCGCUCAAGUUCCUGCUCGUCGGCAGCCAGACGCGCAGCCAGGCGGGAACCCAGGAUCGCAACGUGGCCAUCUUCCUCGACUUUGCCCAGAUGAAGAAGCGCAAGUGCGGCGAGGGCGACAUGCAAAAGUGGUAUGUCCAGGCGGCUGCAGAGGGCAGCUGCCUCAUGGGCCACAAGCAGUGGUACAAGCGCAGAAAGCCCGACGCCGACUGCUUCAUCCAGGACAAGUUCCACGAUCCCGAGGGCAAGGAGGACCCCUGCCCCUGCACCGAUGCCGACUACGAGUGCGACUUUGGCUUCAGCCGCGACACGCGCGGCGAGUGCGUCGCCACGGGCAGCGAGCACAUCCCGGCCGGCGCGUGUGCCAAGCCCGAGGACACCUACCUCGGCUCGUCGGGCUACCGCAAGGUGCCCGGCAACACGUGCGACCCCAACAAGGGCAUCCAUAAGGACGAAAAGACGCAAAAGUCGUGCACCGGCAAGAACGCCCCCGAGGCCGGCAAGGUGCUGCACAAGUCGUUCACCUUCCCCUCGCUCGUCGUCGACAAGAUGUACUUCCCCGAGUCGUCGAGCGUGCUCGUCCAGCUCGCCGACGGCUCGGUCUUCCACUCGCUCAACGACGGCUACUCGUGGAAGCAGCUCGUCAGCGACGGCCCGCCCGCCGCGGAAGACGACCGCUUCCUCACAAUGGCGCUGCACGCCUACGACAACACGCGCGGCUACCUCGUCACCGCCGGCCAGCGCGUCUACUACACCACCAACCAAGGCGCAAGCUGGAGCUGGUUCACGGCGCCGUUGCCGGCCAAUGGGCUGGGCAUCGCCAUCCUCGACUUCCAUCCGGACAAGUCCGACUGGCUCAUCUGGACGGGCAGCCGCGACUGCACGUUUUCCGUCGGCAAGGAGUGCCAUGCCGAGGCGUGGUAUUCGAUCAACAACGGCAACGCGUGGGAUAAGCUCGAGACGUACGUGCGCACGUGCUCGUGGGCGCGCGACAAGAAGCUCAAGAUGGACGCACGCACCAUCUUCUGCGAGAGCUACCUGGACAAGCGCGGCAACCAGCGCGACUUUUCGGCCGCCAACAAGCUGCAGCUCAUCCGGGGCGACGAGUUCUACCGCCGCAAGGCUGCGGUAUUCGAGGCGAUUGUCGGGUUUGCGGUGUUCGAGCAGUACCUGGUGGUGGCCGAGUACGUGAGCACGACGUCGACGCCGACGCUGCGGCUGCAGGUGUCGCUCAACGGGCACGACUUUGCCGAGAUCCACUUCCCGCCGGGCAUGGAGCUGGGCACGCGCGCGUACACGGUGCUGGAUUCGGUGACGGAUGCGAUCUUUUUGCACUUUACCACGCAUGCCGAUGCGGGGUCCGAGUGGGGCACGCUGCUCAAGAGCAACUCGAACGGCACCUUCUACGCCCAGUCGCUCGACUUUGUCAACCGCAACGACAAGGGCUUUGUCGAUUUCGAGAAGAUGCUCGGGCUGGAUGGCGUGGCGCUGGUGAAUGUGGUGAGCAAUCCGGACGAUGCGUCGGUGUCCAGGCAGAAGGAUCUCGUCACGCGCAUCACGCACAACGACGGCGGACGAUGGAAGCCGCUGGUGCCGCCGAGCCGCGACGUGUACGGUCAGCCGUACGAAUGCCACCAGGUCGGGUGCGAUCUGCAUCUGCACGGGUUUACCGAGCGCGACGAUCCGCGCGACACGUACAGCAGCCCUUCGGCGGUGGGGCUGAUGAUGGGCGUGGGCAGCGUGGGGCGUAAGUUGGCGCCGUACCGCGACUCGGACACCUUCCUCACGCGCGACGGCGGCUUUACGUGGGAGGAGGUGCACAAGGACGCGCACAAGUGGGAGUUCGGCGACCAGGGCUCCAUCAUUGUGCUGGUCAACGACGAGCAGGCUACGGACACGGUGCUCUACUCGCUCAACGAGGGCCUCACGUGGGAGUCGUAUGCGUUUGGCGAAAAGAUGCGCAUCUCACAGAUCCUCACGGUCCCCGAGGACACGCACCGGCGCUUCAUCCUGCUUGGCACGCCCAGUGGAUCGGCGACCAAGAGUGUGGCGAUCUUCCUCGACUUUUCGGCGCUCGAGUCGCGCAAGUGCGUGCUCGACGUAGCCAAGCCCGAGUCGGACGACUUUGAGCUGUGGUCGCCGAGCGAGGAGCGUGCCGAGCAGUGUCUGUUCGGACGCCAGACGUACUACUACCGACGCAAGCGACGGGCCGACUGCUAUGUGGGCGAGAAGAUCGUCCAGCCGCACUCGGUGAGUCGCAACUGCUCGUGCAGCGAGGCGGAUUUCGAGUGCGAGUUCAACCACUACCGCGACGCGAGUGGCAAGUGCGUGCUGUAUCCGGGCGUGGCACCUCUGGCUACAGACGAGGUGGGGCAGUGCUGGGCUGCGGAUUCGGACGGAUACUGGUACGAUCGAACCAACGUUCGCAAGGUACCUUACUCAUCGUGCAGCGGGGGUCAACGACCGGAUCGGGGCACGGCGCAUGUGUGUGCGAACAAUCUUGCAGGGCAUGGAUUUUUGUGGUGGGCAACGGUGAUCCUGUGUCCGUUUGGGCUGGCAGGGUUGGUGGGGUAUUGGUGGGCCAAGAAGCAGUCGACGGUUGUGGGAGGAAGGAUUCGGUUGCCGGAUGGUUCGAAUCGGCUGUAUGCGCCCGACUCGGAGCUGGUGCAGAAUCUGGCAUCGGUGCCGCGAUUUGUGCUGGGGGCGGCAAGUGCGGCGCUGGCGAGGUUGCGCGAGGUGGUGUCGGAGCGCGUGCCGUUUGUGCGCAACCGUCUAUCGCGCAGACGCGGCGCGUAUGGAGGAUACCGCCACCUGUCGACCGACGAGGAUGCGGCGAUCCUGCGCGACUACGAGGAGGACGAGCUGGAUCGAUGA